AUGGCUUCAUUAUUGCUCGCUUGCGCCGCAGUCCUCGCCAGCCAGGCCCGCGCGUUCACCGCGCCGCGGGCGCCGCGCUUGCGACACCGCACGGUCCCGCUGCGCGCCGAGCGCGUCGGCGCCGGCUACCUCGAGCGGCUGAGCAGCUACAGCGACGAGGUCGGCUACACGCUCGACGCGCCGACGCGCUACAGCAUCAAGGACUGGUGGUUCAACCUGCAGAACAUCGGGUCCUCGUCCGUCCUCGAGCGCAUCGGCGGGCACCUCGUCGCGAACACGGUCUGGUCGGUCGUCGUCGUCUCGUGCUACGGUGCGUGGCUCGUCUACGCGCAGGACAACGAGGCGCCCUGGGUGGGCAUCGUCGGCCUCGACUACGGGUCGCGGGCCGACGACUUCGACUGGUUCGCGCCGUUCACGCUGUCCGGGGGCAUCCUGGGCAUCCUCCUCGCGUUCCGCACGGGCCAGUCGUACGACCGCUUCUGGGAGGGCCGCCAGGUCUGGGCCCGGGUCGUGAACCGCGUGCGCGCCAUCGCGCGGGCGUCGCGGAGCUACGCGACCUUCGACGACGACGACGACGUCGUGUCCGGCGUGCUGCUGCGGUGGCUCGCGGCGUUCCCCCUCGCGCUGAAGCAGCACCUCCGGGGCGAGCGCGACGUCGACGCGUUCGACAUGCUCCUCGGCGGCGAGCGCCGCGACCUCGAGUCCGCGGACAAUUUGCCGUUGGCGGUGUCCUACGCCCUGUCCGCGGAGGUCGACGGCAUCCGCCGCGCGUCGGAGGGCUCGCAGGCCGCGUCGCAAUUGUUGUGGUGGCAGAUGGAGUCGAUGAUCCUCGACCUUCAGGACGCGAUCGGCGACGCCGAAGCGAUCGCGGGCACGCCCGUGCCCCUGUCCUACUCGCGGCACACGUCGCGGCUGCUGUCCAUCUGGACGCUGCUGAGCCCCGUGAUCAUGCUCAAGGCGCUCCCGCUCCCGCUCAUCCCGCCGGCGACGGUGCUCGUGUCGUGGAUGCUGCUCGCGACGGAGGAGAUCGGCCACAUCAUCGAGGAGCCCUUCGGCAUCCACGACGACCGGCCGAAGAUCCUGCCGCUCCAGCGCUACUGCGACAUCGUCGGCCGGGACCUCCACGAGCAGAACAACCUCAUCGAGCUCGCGCGGCGCGCGAAGCGCGGGGGGGCGGCCGGCGGGGACCGCGACGGCCCCCCGGGAAAGGCCGAGGGGGAAUCGCACUAA